AUGCCAUUCAAUAAACCCUGGAAUAAGAUGAUCAUGAUUGGCAAUGAGACUGACCUCCAUUAUAAAGUAGUGGACCCCAUAAGAAGAUAUUAUCCAGAUUCCAUAUUAGUGGCCGGUCUGGGUGAAAAUCAGGAUACUGAGGAUAAGAGACUGAAUUCGUAUAACAAAGGAUAUAUGGGAGGACAGCCUGAUCUAAUGGUACUCGAUUAUCACAAAGAUUAUAAAGGCCUCUGUAUUGAAAUCAAAUCACCAACUAAUAAUUAUCAUAUUUCAGAAGCACAAAAGGAGAUGAAGAAAAAAUACGUUAAUAAUGGCUAUGCAUUUAUACUCAGUAAUGAUUAUGAUAAGAUUAGCAAAAAUAUCCAUGAUUAUAUGAAAGGCAUCAGAGUGCCGUGUAAAUAUUGCAUCAAACACUUUUAUAAUAACGACACACUAGAAAUGCAUUAUAAAGUUGUCCACCGAAUUGAAAAAUAA